AUGGAUAAGCUAAAUAUCCUAGAUGAUGAUGAUGAUGAAGAAAACAAAGAUCAGAAAUUAUAUCUGCAACAGUUAGAACAGGUUUUGCAUGCUGCAAGCAAUGAAAAUAAAGUUAUAUGUUUGUUAGGAGAUUUUAACAUUGACCUGUCGACUGCAAAUAAUGAUGUUAGCAAAAAAAAUCUUCUACAUCUUGCCACAAGUUGCAAUCUGACUCCUAAUAUUUCAAUCUCAACAAGAAUAAGCACCAAGAAAUCUUCCAUCAUAGAUAAUAUUUUUGUAAAUCAUUCAGAAAAAAUUUCCUUGAACGGUGUGAUAAUAUCUGAACUGUCCGAUCACUUACCAGUAUUUGCUACACUCCACAAUAGUGAUAUAAACCAGACUUCAAAAAUCGAUAUUGCAGAAUCGUCAGGUAUGAAAUUUUUAUUUUCUUUGAAUCUAUUAAGCAUAUUGAACAAUAAAUUACUAGAAACAGAUUGGAAUUUAGUGCUGGACUGUGACAAUGUUGAUUUAGCUUUUAAACGAUUUAUAAAUGUUUUUCAACAAUGUUUUUACCAAUGUUGUUUAACAAACUCUAUGAAACAAAAGAAUGAUAAAGAAGCAAUCAUGGAUAUCCGAUGA